AUGGUCUUUUCAAACAACACGACAGCAGCAUCCGAGAGCUUGUCGAAUUCCUCGAACUCUCCCGUUCUUGGUCGCUGCUACAUCCCCGGUGGGCCCCCUGUGGACUGGCAAAAGUCUUAUCGGUUCCACACUGCUGCUGGGGCAGUUGCGCUCUCCAUCAUCUUGGUCAGCGUCUGUAUCAGUAUGAAUGGCAUGAUUUUAAUCAGUGUUCUGAGAAGAUUCGCAAAGGUACGUCCCUCCGCCUUGUUCGUAGGCAGCCUCGCAUUGUCCGACUUUCUUUUUGGCAUCAUCAGUAACUACGCCGUUUUGAACGACAUCUUGAGGAUCAUCCACGGAGGCGCCUGCACCCCAGCUGUCCCUCUGACCGUGCCCUAUCACGUGGGAUACCAUCUGUGCUUUAUAUCCUCCAUUGGCUCCAUGGCGCUCAUGAGUAUAGAUUGCUACCUGUGCGUGGCGAGGCCCAUGUCUUAUCGAUUGUUGGUAAACAUGUCAAGGGUUACGAAGGCUCUGUUGGUACUCUGGCUUCUUGUCAUUAUCCACACCACUGCCUACUACGUCUCCUACAGCGAGACUAAGACCAUUCUGAUAAGUGUGGUUAGUUCCUGUGUUGCAGUAAUCAUCGUCAUCUUCGAAGUUCUUACCUUCGUGUCGUACAAAGCUCACAACACCGCCGUCGCCGAUAGAUUCCAACAUCAAAUCCACCAUAUGGAGAUGCGUAACCAUGUCAACGAGCGGAAGGUCGCCAUUGCGGUGGCGUUUGUUAUCAGUACUCUAAUGAUUGGUUAUUUCCCGCGUAUCAUCCAACCAAUCAUAUCAAAGGCCGUAGGGUUCAAUGUCGCUCACCUGAUGUCGACAUAUAGCUCGCUCUGCCUUCUGGGAUGCGCGGCCGUUAGGCCUAUUGUCACGUACGCGAAGAAUUCCCACGUGCGUAACAACAUCAAGGCGAUGUUUGGAUUGAGGCGUGCCGAUGAUCUCACUCCAGCGACCUUCCAACGGUCUUAUAGCACUAGAUCUACUUAGCUUACAUAUCGUCACGUUCAAAAUAUCUACUAUAUUUGAGACCUUCCAACGCUCUGAUAGUACUAGAUCUACCUAGCUUACACAUUGGCAAGUUCACAAGAUCUACUGUAUCUGGGGACCUUCCAACGCUCUGAUAGUACUAGAUCUACCUAGCUUACACAUCGGCAAGUUCACAAGAUCUACUGUAUCUGGGGACCUUCCAACGCUCUGAUAGUACUAGAUCUACCUAGCUUACACAUCGGCAAGUUCACAAGAUCUACUGUAUCUGGGGACCUUCCAACGCUCUGAUAGUACUAGAUCUACCUAGCUUACACAUCGGCAAGUUCACAAGAUCUACUGUAUCUGGGGACCUUCCAACGCUCUGAUAGUGCUAGAUCUACCUAGCUUACACAUCGGCAAGUUCACAAGAUCUACUAUAUCUGGGGACCUUUCAACGCUCUGAUAGUACUAGAUCUACCUAGCUUACACAUUGGCAAGUUCACAAGAUCUACUAUAUCUGGGGACCUUUCAACGCUCUGAUAGUACUAGAUCUACCUAGCUUACACAUCGGCAAGUUCACAAGAUCUACUGUAUCUGGGGACCUUCCAACGCUCUGAUAGUACUAGAUCUACCUAGCUUACACAUCGGCAAGUUCACAAGAUCUACUGUAUCUGGGGACCUUCCAACGCUCUGAUAGUACUAGAUCUACCUAGCUUACACAUCGGCAAGUUCACAAGAUCUACUGUAUCUGGGGACCUUCCAACGCUCUGAUAGUGCUAGAUCUACCUAGCUUACACAUCGGCAAGUUCACAAGAUCUACUAUAUCUGGGGACCUUUCAACGCUCUGAUAGUACUAGAUCUACCUAGCUUACACAUUGGCAAGUUCACAAGAUCUACUAUAUCUGGGGACCUUUCAACGCUCUGAUAGUACUAGAUCUACCUAGCUUACACAUCGGCAAGUUCAUAAGAUCUACUGUAUCUGUGGACCUUCCAACGCUCUGAUAGUACUAGAUCUACCUAGCUUACACAUCGGCAAGUUCACAAGAUCUACUAUAUCUGGGGACCUUCCAACGCUCUGAUAGUACUAGAUCUACCUAGCUUACACAUCGGCAAGUUCAAAAGAUCUACUGUAUCUUUUGUUUCUUCACCUAGACACAAAUAGAAAAAAAGACAUAUUCAAUCGCAUAAAAAAUGCGUUUAUACGUGUAAAUAAGACAUCUUUAGCUUAGCAAAAAACAAAAGGUGGUGCCUGAGAAAAAAGAAGAAUUUUUACUUUUUGAUCCAAAGAGCAAAAAAGCAGCACAAAUUGCAUCAGAGAAUAUUCAUGACUGCUUUCAGCUAAAAAAAAAAAAUGCAAUUUUCUAGCAUUUUUCAGCCAAUUCUGGGUACGCGCAUGCGCUUCGUUGGAGGUAACACUGUGCAAAUAAAUCAACCUCGUCCCCAGGGUCUUCUGGGUGAUUUUUCAGAAGACCCUGCGGACAAGGGACGAGGCAAUAGCUUACGACGCCAUAUUGAAAAUUACCCAGAAGACCCUGGGGACAAGGUUGCAAAAGGUAAACCAUGUUCACCGUAAAAAGAGCAGUCAGCAAUCGUCAAGACUGCUAUUUCGCCUACGAAAUCCUGUGGCGAAUAUUCGUAUUCUGAGAACUCACCAAACGACCACUUCCGUCGAUCGUGUUUCGAAUGUUAACGGAACACAUUCUGAAUUGCAACAGUAAAAUCGUUUGGUUGGAAGUUAUUUCAGGGCCGUAGCAGGGGGUAUUACAUUGGGGGCACGUGCCCCCCCCCCAAUAAUUUGAAAAAUUAUAAGGAAAUGACCAGUAGUGGCGUGGCUUUGCCCCCCUCAAUAUUUUCUUGAUGUUUCUGUAUUGUGCCUCCCCCCCAAUAUUUCGAGGCAUUCUACGGCUCUGUAUUUACUGUAAGUGUAAGCAAAUGAAAGUUUAAGGACUAUAGUAGCCAAAGAAAAAACGAUCUUCUAUGUACAAAGAGCAUCAAAAGCAUAAAAAAGCAAAGGGAUAAAAACAAAAUGUGAAAUUGAAUUCAAGACAAAUUUAUUAAUUCAUAAAAAAUAUAAAUACAUCAGUUGUAUCAAAGAUAGGCUAGAUUAGAUACAUUUUUUCCCAUUAUAUUAUCGUUAUUACCCCCAAAUAUAAGUGAUUUUUAAAAUCACCCUUGUUUUCAUAAUGAACAUUUCUGAAGCACAGUUAUAAAUAAAUAAGAAAUAAUAAGAACACCUUGUAAAAAGCAUAAUAGUAAUUUUAUGUCUGCCAUAUUGAUGUUGAGGUGAGUUCAAUUUCCCAACACAGCCCUCCAAAUUACAAAAAUCCAGAUCGAAAAACAAAUGUCUGAAAAGCCAAAAAAAUUAAUUCAACAUGAAAAUCCGCCAUGAAGACUCCUUUGUAAUAGUGCAUUAAAGUAUUUACAAUUCCGUUAUAUUUGGUAAAUAGACCCUUCCCCCCUUGGGGGCCAACCAUUUGAUAUCAGACGGGUUGGUGACGAAUAUCCCCCGAAAACAGCAAACAACCUUCUCGAACAAAGCAAUCCUUGGUCCAGCGGCAUUUCAAAGAAAUAAAAAUUGAGCAAAACAUCUGGUCACAAAAAAAAAAAAUCAAAAA